GACAGACUGAAUUUGGGGGUAUACUGAGUAGUUCGCUGGUCUUGGAAAAACCCGCAUUUAGCUUAUCUUAGCAGCACUCCGCCUCGGCAGAUCUUAAAGUCACCCACUUCACUUGAUCUUCUAACAAAUUUCUGCUUGGAGAGUGCUUGUCGGAUCUUGAGUUGCCCUUUGAUUUCAGGCCAAGCGAGCAUUACUAACCAAUAGUCUUUCUCUGAUGCUCGACCCAGUCGCUCUGCUGCGUGCCUACCUUCAUCCCUAGAUUUGGCGAAUACUGUCUGCGGGGUGCCCGAAUCCGACCACGGAGAAAAAGAGCUUCGACCCCUCAUUAACAGCAGCCUCCAUCCAACACACUCUUCCUUGUCGAACACGCAUACUACACCAGUCACUAUGCCACCUCAAUCGCACCUCCAACCACCAUCGCCGCCGGCUCCAGGCGCUGGUCUUAAUGUGAUCGCCCUCAUCUCCGGCGGGAAAGACUCUCUCUACUCGCUCCUCCACUGCAUCCGCAACGGCCACAAAGUGGUCGCAUUAGCGAACCUCCACCCCGCCGCCAAUGCGCAGCCAACAAACACCACCAGCACCGACUCAUCACCAGUAUCAUCAUCGAAUCCGCUACAACAUGUCCCGGAAGAAGAGGAACAAGACCUGGACAGCUUCAUGUAUCAAACCAUCGGCCACAGCAUCAUCCCCCUCUACGAGACCGCCCUCGGCAUCCCGCUGUACCGCCAACCCAUCCGCGGCGGCGCGGUCGACACCUCCCGGAUCUACCGCUUACAAGCCGAGGACCAAAUGGCGGACUCUCCCGGCCGUCAGGACAGCAACAACAGCAACAACAACAACAACGACGCGAACAACGCCGAGGAACAAGAAGAUCAGGAGGAGGCCGACGAAACCGAAUCCCUGAUCCCGCUGCUGAAACGCAUCAUGCAGGCCCACCCGGAGGCCAACGCCGUCUCCGCCGGCGCAAUCCUCUCGACGUAUCAGCGCACCCGCAUCGAGAACGUGGCCGCCCGGCUGGGGCUGGUGCCCCUGGCGUGGUUGUGGCAGUACCCCGUGCUGCCGGAUCGGCGGGCGACGGAGGCCGGCCUGCUGGAGGAUAUGGCGGCGGCUGGGUGCGAGGCGCGGAUCAUCAAGGUUGCGUCGGGCGGGUUGAAUGAAGGGUUCCUGUGGGGGGAUGUGGCGGCGGCGGAUGGGCGGGUGCGGGGUCGGAUUGUCAAGGGGAUGAGAAGGUUUGCGGACGCGGAGGAUAUUCGUGGCGCCGUGUUGGGGGAGGGCGGCGAGUAUGAGAGUCUGGCGCUGGAUGGGCCGGCUUGGUUGUGGAGGUGUCGGAUUGAGGUUGCUGGGUGGGAGGCUUGUGCUGGGGAUGGUGGGGUGGGGUUUGUGAGGUUGAAGGGGGCGAGGUGUGUGGGUAAGGAUGGGGAGGGCGACGGUAAGGGUGAUCGGGGCGGUCCGGAGAGUGUCAGGCGGCCGGAUUUGUUCGAUGAGGGGUUUGAGGAGGUUUUGGGGUCUGUCUUGGGGGCUGAGGGUGCGUUGGUUGCUACGGGGGACGAGGAGGAGGAGAGGAGCUUGCAUAGUGCGGGCUCGAGGGUCUGGAGUGAAGGGCUUGAUUCGGUUCAGACUACGGAUGGGAGGACGUGGGCGAUUGCUAAUGUCACGGCGCCUGAGGCUGGUCCUGGCGCUGCUGAACAGAUGAAGGCUAUUGCUGAGAAGAUUCAGACGAUUCUGCGCUCCUCCUCGAGCCGUGAGGUUCCUCGGACGACGGCCGAUAUUGUCUUCACUACGGUGUUGCUUCGCUCUAUGUCAGAUUUCCCCCUGAUGAACUCCAUCUACGUCUCGAUGUUCAAGAAGCCAAACCCCCCGGCGAGAGCUACGGUCGCCUGUGGUGCUAGCCUCCCAGAAGGCGUGAAUAUCAUGGUGUCGGCGGUGGUGGACUUGGGUUUGAGGGAGCAGCGGCAAGGCCUUCAUGUCCAGUCGCGUUCUUACUGGGCCCCCGCCAAUAUUGGGCCAUACUCGCAGGCCAUGUCGAUACCUCUGCAGGGCCCAGAGCAAUUGGUGUACAUCGCUGGUCAGAUCCCUCUCGAGCCGGCCUCGAUGGAGAUAUAUGGCCUCGAGGAGACGUGGUUCAAGGGUUUUUCUUCGCGAGCGGUCCUGUCUCUUCAACAUCUAUGGAGGAUCGGUGUGGCUACCAACGUGGACUGGUGGUUGGGAGCUGUCGCUUUCCUGACGGGAGCCGAUCAUAUCAAAAAGAGAGCCAAGAUAGCUUGGAAUUUGUGGGAAACAAUGCACCACAAUCAGGAAGAGGAAGAGGAUGCCGACGACGAGUCGGGUCUGGAUGCGUGGGACCUCAAGUAUGGUGGACGAGCCCACGAGCAGGUCAAGGGUGUCUCGAAACCCGGACUACCGCGGUUCGACGUGGUGCAGUCGGAGGGAUCUAUGAUCCCUGCUUUCUUCGCCGUGCAGGUAGAAGAACUGCCUCGAGGAAGUGAUAUUGAGUGGCAGGGACUCGGUUUCCGAUGCGAUCAACUCAAAAUAACCACCGAAGAACUGGAGUUUGGACGCCAGACCGUGGUGACCACUGGCCAGGAUUUGGGCUACAUCGGCAUCGAGGUGGAUGCGAAAUGCUCUGGGCCUGACUUCGAGUCUUGCCUCCGCUCGAUCCUGCAGAAAUCCACGCAAGGGUCGAAGAGCCCCCAUAUAGUCAUAUACACGACCCAGCCAUUGUCCAAUGAUCCCUCCUGGGGUCAGAUCGUUCCCUGCAAAUCGGCUUGGGGAUCGAAGGGUCGGCAGCUGGCCGCGGGGGUUAUCGUCCAAAGGCAGAAGCCGUCUGCAUAAAGAGCUAGGACUCGGAACGAAAGGAUCCGUGUGACUUCACGGUUGCAUGCGCAUAGCAGUAUGAUACCGUUCAUGUCGUUUUAGAAUAAGAACACUGUACAUAUAGCAUCUUGAGUGUUGAUGCCAGGAAGUGGCUUUCAGGUGAAGACAACUGUGGCCUCACCUCACUUUUAUCGAAGAGUGAUUUGACAUCUGCUG